AUGUUUGCUCGCUUCCUGACGCCAUUGGCGGCCGCGCUGUCGGUCCUUCCUCUUGUUUCCUGCGGUCCUACCUCGGGUGACCUGCUCCCAAGAACACCUGCCUCGGGCAUCGAUGUUCAGGCAUUUGCGAAGUAUCUUAGCAAGAACGCCCAGAUUUACGUUCCGGAUGAUGUCCAAUUUAAGACCUACACGGUCCGGUGGUCAAACCUUGAUGCACCGACGGUAAACGUUGUGGUCCUUCCUGGAACUGAGGCGGAUGUUUCACAGAUCGUCAAAUUCGCCUACAAGUAUGACGUUCCCAUUCUUGCUUACAAUGGGCACCAUGGCGCUCUCACUACGCUGGGAAAGAUGGACUAUGGCAUUGCCAUCAACCUGUCUCAACUCAAUUCCCUGAAGAUCGCCAAGGAUGGAAAGACUGUGACCGUUGGUGGUGGUAUCAACUCCCACAACAUGACUGAGUCUCUUUGGGCAGCUGGAAAGCAAGCCGUCACGGGAACCUGUGAAUGUGUCAGCUACUUGGGUCCUGCCCUUGGUGGUGGCCACGGAUGGCUUCAGGGCCACCACGGCCUCAUCUCGGACCAGUUCGUAUCCCUAAACGUUGUUCUUGCCACCGGCGAGGUAAAGACGGUCAAUCAGAGCUCUGAUCUAUUCUGGGGACUUAAGGGUGCCGGCCACAACUUUGGCAUCGUCACGUCGGUGACCAGCAAGAUCUUCGACAUUGUAUCCUCCAACUGGGCGAUUGAGACCAUCGUCUUCGGUGGUGACAAGGUCGAGGCCGUCUACGAGGCUGCCAAUGAGUACCUCAUCAAGAACGGCACGCAGAGCGCCGAUAUUCACCAAUGGUCGUACUGGAUGAAUGAUGCCACCCUCGAUGCUGAGAAGCCCGUCAUCUACGUCUAUACCAUGCAAGAGGGCGUCGACACCGUCGACCCCGUCUACACCCAGCCCUUCAAGGCCCUCGGCCCUCUGAAGGUCACCCCCCAAUCCGGCACCUACCGCGACCUCGGCGCCUGGACCAACAUCGCCCUCGACUCCCCUCCCUGCCAGGACUUCGGCUUCAACAACCCGCGCUUCCCCAUCUACGUCAAGACCUACAACACCACCGCCCAGCGCCUCGCCUACGACCUGUACGCUUCUAAGAUCGCGGGCGCAGACAACCCCUACACCAACUCCAUCUUUAUGUUUGAGGAUUACGCUACGGGCGGUGUCCGCGCUAUCGACGAUCGCAGCAGUGCGUUUGCGUUCCGCUCCGACCGCGUGCUCGCCGCGCCGCUCAUCAUCUACAACUCCACCGGCGCGGCGGAGGAUGCGAGCGUCGCGACGCUGGGGAAUCAGUUGCGGGAGAUUAUCCACGCCGGGACGCAGCAGGCGGAGCUGCACACGUACGUAAACUAUGCAUAUGGCACCGAGACGACGCAGGAGUGGUACGGGUAUGACGCGUGGAGGCAGGAGAGGCUGAAGGCGCUGAAGACGAAGUAUGAUCCCAAGGGGAAGUUCAGCUUCUAUGCGCCUAUUGCGUGA